AAUUCACAGGCUUCGUGGCAAUGUGUCAGCCUUUCCGACGUUCCAGGCCAUGAUCGCCGGUUGGCGGCCGGAAAGUCUCGGAAGCUUGGCUACGGUGAGGAUGCCGGCUCGACCAUGACGGCAUCUUUCCAGCAAAGGCGGGGAAAAGGAAACACAGUCAGAACCAUGAAUGAUGUAGAUGCUGGGUACUCUUCCCUGGACCUUUCAUGGAAGGCCUAG